AUGGCCAAAUAUUCAAGAGGAUUACAAGAAUUAAAGGGGUCACAAGGUCCCCCAGGAAAGAUGGGCCCUGUUGGACUAGUAGGAGGGAAGGGCUCACCAGGAGAAAAAGGCACAAAAGGAGAUAUUGGAGAUAGAGGAUUACAAGGAGUCCCAGGUUUGAAGGGUAACCCAGGCAAUGCUGGCCCUUCUGGACCAAGAGGGGAUAAGGGUUCACCAGGUGAAAAAGGAGUAAAAGCGGAGAGAGGCCUGCCAGGAACUACAGGUUCGCAGGGCAAGCCAGGAAUCGCAGGCUCCCCUGGGCCAAAAGGGGACAAGGGUUCAGUAGGUGAAAAGAGAGCAAAAGGAGACAGAGGGUUACAAGGAAGCUCAGGUUUACAGGGCCCCAAAGGGCAAAUUGGCUCUCCUGGACUAAAAGGUGAUAAAGGUUCAGUAGGUGAAAAAGGAACAAACGGAGAUAGUGGACUAUCAGAGAUCAAUCUCCUUAAAAGACAAGUAAGUACUUUGGAAGGGCAGCUGAGAGCUCUGCAAAGCAGCUUCUCCAAGUACAAACAAGUUAUAAUGUUCCCGAAUGGCAGAAUUGUUGGUGAAAAGAUAUUCAUGACCAGUGGCUAUGAAGGCAACUUUGACAGUCUGAAACAAAGGUGUUCCCAAGCUGGAGGCCAGCUUGCUUCUCCUCAGAAUGCCGCCGAGAAUGCUGCCAUCGAGCAGAUAGUUGUUUUGUACAACAAAUCAGUGUUUCUUGGGAUAAAUGAUAUUCAGACAGAGGGUCACUUCAAGUAUCUAAAUGGAGAAAACAUUGUGUAUUCCAACUGGCAAACAGGGAAACCAAAUAAUGAGAGUGAUGUUGAGGACUGUGUAGAAGUCUAUUCAAGUGGAAAGUGGAAUGACAAAUCCUGUGGAGACAAACGGCUAAUUGUGUGUGAAUUUUAAACCAUCUGUCAUAUUGCCUUUGCUUCACUCGGUGGCAAUGACACAUGCUCUAGUGUGUUAGAGUCAAAUAACUAUAAUUUUUAAAGGGGCUUUGCAGGUACACCUAUACCCCAAUAUAACGCUGUCCUCAGGAGCCAAAAUAUCUUACUGCGCUAUAGGUGAAACCGCAUUAUAUCGAACUUGCUUUGAUCCCCUGGAGCGUGCAUCCCUAUCCCCCGGAGCACUUCUUUACCGUGUUAUAUCUGAAUUUGUGUUAUAUCGGGUCAUGUUAUAUCAUGGUAGAGGUGUAUAUAGGAUGUUAAAAUCAAAUAUCUAUCAUUUUUAAAGGGGCUGCUUGUUGUGCUAAACAAUGUUAGUUCAAGUAGAAAGUAGUUUUCCUUCAUGUACUGAAUCUGAUAAAAUCCAAAUAAGUAGAUGCAACCCCAUGCAGAAAGAUACAUUGAUGGAUUAGUCUCCUAGGAAAUACAAGACAGACUUGACAUUUUUCUGAUUGGCCACAAGAAGUCACCUGUAUGGCUAACGAACAUGCUUGGCAGUGCAUUGUCUUGCUUGGAUAACAUUUGUUGUUUGUUUUUCUAUUGCUGUACUCCAGAGACACUCCAUUCUAGGUUAGAGUUCAGUUAUGCAAGGAGCUGUACAAACACGAGGAAGACAUACCCCCAAAGAGCUCAUAUUUGACUGUAAGAAGUAUUCUGUGCUUCUCUACUUGGAAUUAUUUCAGGACAUAUUUGUAUUAAAACUCGGAUCUAUUUGUUGAAAUGUGUAGUGACCUGGAGGAAUA